AUGUCAAAUUCAGACUCCACAGAACAGACUAAGAAGUCUGUGUACCAGAAUGUUCGGGCAUGGGGAGAAAAUCCUUUACCACCCACGCUGCUGGCCACGCUUAUCACCGCGCAACACAUGCGUCCAUUCCAAUUUUUCCCAAUGACCUUUGUCCCAGUGCUCCUCUUCACCUCGUACUCGAAUCUAAACGGCUUCAAGAAAGACAGCGCGGGUAUUAGCGCUGCCUGGUCUGGUCUCUACCUUGUCCUUGCUAGCCGGCGCAAGCAGGCCUUUAUGAAGAAGUGGAGUGCUCGGGGUAUCAUUCGAGGGACGACGAUGGGUUUAUGUCUUGUUAAUAUGGUUGCUGGAGGUUUAACGUAUACCCUGGGCAAGAAUGAAGAAGACGAAGCCUAG